GUGCUGUAUUUGACUCAGCACAAGCACUUCUCUAUGCUAAUAGAAGGAUCUUCAAUGCAUUUCUCCUGGGACGGUGCAGUGUGGUUCAUGGCAGUCAUUCCUGAUGGUUCCAACAAUGCAUAUCUUCAAGGGACCACCUCCACCGUUGUUUUGCAGUCUGCUGGUGCCGCUUCUACUCUCCCUCUUGACUUGUCCCUGUGGCAUCGUCGUCUCUGCCACCACCACCAUGCUGGAGUGCAGAGGAUGGUCAAGGAAUGUCUCGUUACUAGUCUACAGCUCGAUUCGGACAUGCAGCCUGACCCUAUGUGUGAGCCCUGUCUCUCUGGCAAGAUGCACGCUCACCCCUUCCCCUCCACUGGCUUUGUGACCUCCAAACUGCUUGAACUUGUCCACUCUGAUCUCCAUGGUCCUCUCCCUAUUGCCACUCACUCUGGAAUGUGCUACUGGAUCACCUUCAUUGAUGAGUUCACCAAGCUC